AUGUUUAUUCAAUCGAAGUGGGAUAAUGAAGAGCCAAGGUGGGGCAGUCUGGAUGGAAAUACAUGGCCCUUCAAAGUGGCUUCGAACCAGGCAUUCUUGGCAUCAGCUAGUGCCAUCAAGAACAUCACUGCCUUAUUACCGCCUGCAUUACAAACUUACGUCCAGACAACAGUCGGCCAUCUUUCCGAAGCCGUAGCCGGAUCCAACGAGUACCUUGUUUCGCAAGGAGUAUCGCCGACUCUCCUAUAUUCAACCAUCGCCGGUACCGCUGCAGCUCUCGCGUUACCUCUCAGCAUGAUGUCUCGAUUUGGCUGGGGUUCCAGUCGAGACGCCAUAUCUCCAUACGCCUCCCAGUCGGAUAGCCAGGGCGUGCCUCAUGUCACUGAUGACGACUUUAGCUAUAUCACAUCCGAAGAUCUUGAAGAUUCGCUACAGUCACCGUCCCGAACCUACGACCCCCAAGGUCGACGGGCACCACCUAGCGCCACCCUCGACGAUGACGUACUUCUAAUCAAGAACAAGGGCAUCACAUAUCCCGUCCACUUCCCCGCGUAUUCUAUCGGCGAUGGCAAAUUGCAUGUGUCAGAUGUGCGUGAUCGCGUGGGAUUGGUUAUGGAUCUUAGUGAUCGUCGAAGCCGACGCUUGAAGAUGCUUUACAAAGGCCGCCAUCUCAAAGAGCAGGAUAUCCCUAUCCGAGAUUAUGGUGUGAAAAACAACAGCGAACUGCUAGUUGUAGUUCCCGAAGGAAGGAUUAGCGAUGAAGACGGAGAGAGUAGCAGCGAAGAAGUUGUUGUCACGGAAGAUUCCAUCGACCAGCAGAAGUCGAGGAAAAAGAAGAGCAAGGCUCGAAAGAAGAAGAAGGAACGUCCCGGUCCGGCCGAAAGCUCUGUGAAUCUUGAAGUGCCAGGACGUGAAGAAGGCAGACGAGCAUCACCGGAUCCAUCCAUCCACCCAUCGAGAGUGCCCUCCCCUGCGGUGCCUUCCGGUCCCAGCGAGCAGCUGGAUGCGAUCAGAUCUCACUUUGACGCGAAACUUCUGCCUCUUUGCCGACAAUUCAUAAAUCACACGCCAACUGAUAAGAAGAAGUGCGAGGACGAACAUCGAAAGUUGAGCGAGACAGUAUUACAACACACAUUGCUGAAGCUAGACGAGGUAAACACAGGAGGUGACCCGGAUAUCAGGGCGAAGAGAAAGGAACUGGUGAAUUACGUGCAGGAUAUCUUAAGGCAGCUUGACGAACGCCAGCCCUCCUCUUCCGGGAAGUCGAGGGGAAGAUGA